AUGGCUGCCGACCUCUCCUCGCUGCGGCUCGCGCGGCUACGCGCGCUCGAGGCUGCCGCGAGGGUCGGGGCGUGGACGGUCUGCCAGCUGUUCGUCGGCAGCGCGGCGACGGGCGGCGCGCGCACACGGCUCCACUCCCUAGAAGCGGAGCACGUGCUCCACUUUGACCAGUACGACAACUUUUACCUGCAGCUCGCGGGUACAAAGACCUUCCGCCUCUUCGACCCCAGCCAGAGCGGCAGGCUGGCGCCCUACCCGGUGACGCUGCAGCCGGGCGACCUCCUGUUCCUGCCGGCGUACUGGUGGCACGAGGUGACGACCGGUCCCGUCCCCGCCGGCGCGCUCGCUGUCUCGCUCAACUUUUGGUACUCGGCCAUGCAGCAGAUCCUCUCCCCCGAGUGGCCGCUCGGUCCGCCCCUGCGCGUCGAGCUCGCGCGCCAGCUCGAGUACCUCGUCGCAGACAGCUUUGGCGACGCCGGCCGCGCGGUGCCCGCAUUCUUCCGCGGGCUGCGCGCGCAGGUGGACGCGGCGGCGGCCGGCCUGCCCGCAGGCGAGGAGGAGGGGAGCGCCGCGCGAGCCGCCCUCGCGGUGUGGCUCCGGAGAAGUGGCGCGGCCUCUUCGAGUACGUGGUCUGGCGGCUACUCCUGCUGCUCGAGCCGGGCCACGCCGGCUGCUUCCUGGCCGACUUGUGCGACCCCCGCCGCUUUGACGGCUUGCCGCUGCAGGCGGUGA